AUGAUCUGGCACGUCGUUGUCGCCAUCAUUAUUGUUAAACUUACAUCGGCGGAAAAUGUGUACUGCGCAUGCGCUGUCGGAAACGCAGCACUAUACAGGGAAGCGGGACGAUUUGAGACGUUGUUUGCGGUCAUUCCCACAGGCAUGUGUGUGCAGUACAGUAAUGGGCUGGAAUUCGUGACUGUGGAGAACACUACCUGGAUCUCACUGGAGUAUGGAGGACAUAGUGGAUUCGCCGACUUCAGCUUGCUGUCACCUGAAGUUUGGAAUGGUGUUUGUCCAACAAGACUACGUGAAAUCCGAGCUGGCGGAAGUCACUGUCCUCGAAUCGUAACUCGAGAGGAGUGGGGAGCAAGGUUACCAUCACAUACCAUCGGCCAUCUUCCUGAAAUUCCGCAAUAUGUAUUCAUACACCAUGGUGCCGGUUCACGAUGUCAUUCGGAAGAUGAAUGUGCAGCUAAAGUUCGAUCCUAUCAGGAGUUUCACAUGGUUACCCGAGGUUGGUGGGAUAUUGGGUAUAGCUUCGUAGUGGGUGAAGACGGUAAUGUCUACGAGGCCAGAGGAUGGGACAAGAUUGGAGCUCACACCUACGGUCGCAACACUGUAGGAAUAGGGAUAUCCGUCAUAGGCGACUUUCGGACACAGAUCCCAGACGACGCAGCACUACAUGCAGUUAUACAGCUGAUUGCGUGUGGAUUAAACACUGGUAAGAUACAGACGAACUACAUCAUACAGGGACAUUGUGACGUGGUUCCUACAGAAUGCCCGGGAAACGCUUUCCUUGACAUCAUCAAGUCAUGGCCUCACUACCAUCGUUCGAACGACAGCCACUGUCCACCACUGGAUGAACUUUCGUAACGUAAUUAAAUAAUUACA